AAAUUUUUGGUGAACCUCUUUUUUUUUGUUAGCGGACUGCAUACAUCGAAAGACCCAAACAUCUCUCUCUCUCCAUAAUAAACAAUACAAUACUAAACUGUAUUAAGUAGUACUAAUUGCAAAGGAAGUCAAUGACUUUGGAAAUACCAGAAUUAGAUCAAGAGUUACAGAAAUUGUUACAGGAAAUAGUAACCAAAAAGUAUUAUGCUAUAGAAACAACCGAAGAUAAAGAGAAAUGGCUUAAGAUACUACCGAAACUAAAUGAAAGGCUUGAAACAAUAGCUAAUGUUUCGAGAGAUCAUGGGGAACAAUUCGGGAAAAGACCCGAGGGAGUCGAUUUAAUUAAACGAAUUCAAUCGAUUAAAGAUCGAGUGCUUCAACAUUUAAAUUAUAAUUUCCCUAAAUAUCCGCCUUUUACUAUAUAUCGAUUAUCAGAAAUUCUUGUCAAUUCAUCACGAGAAGGUUAUGAUUUAAUUGAUAAUGUUCAUAUUUUAAAGUAUUUUAAUUCUUUAGCUAAAUUAAUAUUUGUAUCAACAGAUGUACUGGAAUUCCCCAUAACAACUUUUUCUUUAGGAUCAACAGUUUCUAAUGAUGAAUUACAAGUAGUUGAACCUAUUAUAACUAGUCAAUCAUCUAUAAAUAUUCCAUUAGUAGAAAUACCGUGGCUCAAGGAAAAGGAAGAGAAAGAGGAAAAGUCAAUUCCAUCAUCAGAUAUUUCAAUUGAUGAAGAGCAUGAAUCUCACGUUAAUGAUGAUAUGAUAAUAUCUCCACCACCACCCGUUGAAGAAGAAAAGGUUAACAAUAUUACAAAGACAGUGAAUAUGAAUAUUACUGAAAUAACACCAUCACCCGUAAGACGAAGACGAGGAGAAGAGGAAGAAGAGGAAUUAUUACUGUCAUCACCAGUUACGAAUUCUGAUGAAAACGUGACUAAAAGAUUUAAACCAGAGAAUUCUAAACCUGAUGAAGACAAUAUGGAUAUAUCUUCAUCACCAGUAAUACCGUCUGCUCAGUCAGAAUCUCAUGACGAACAUUAAUGUAAAACUUAUUUGUAUAUUUAUUUUGCUUUUGCUAUUUCUAAUAGAUAAUGAUACAUCUUGGA